GGCGAGUCUCCGGCGAGGACGUGCUAGUCGAAGAAACUCCUUCUCCAUCCCCACCCUCCGAAGCGUAGAAUCAUAAAGUUCCAGCCUUUGAAUCCGAAACUCGCAAAACCGUCAGAGAAUCUAGUUUUCGAUUCCCUUUCUGUGUGUUUGUCAGAUUUCGUUAACUUUGCAGGAGGGAGGAGCUAAAAGAGAGGAGGAGCAAGUUAGUUUUUAUCAAAUGGAAAGCGAUAAAGAAGAAGAGCAGAUGGUGUUCUUGGACCGUACAACCCGAGCUACACGUGGUAAACGAAUGACCAAGUUGCUUGAUGAUGAAGUAGAAGAAGAUGAGCAGUUUUGGAACCAAGAAGCUCUUAAAGAGGAAGAACAUGAUGAUGAAUAUGAAGCAGAAGCUGAAGCUGCUGAUGAGUUUGACAGUGACUUCAAUGACGAUGAGCCUGAACCUGAAGCAGUUGCAGAAAAUGAAAAGGAAGAGAGGGAUUUGCCGAAGAAGCGGUUGAUUUACCCUGGGAAAACUACUCAAAAGAAAAACAAGAAGAAGAAGCUAGUUUCGAAACUUGAAGAUACUUCUCCUGAAGAUGAGAAGCCAAGUGAAGAGCUGGGAGACAAAGAAGAAGAAGAUGAAAAAGAAACACAAGAAGAUAUGAUGGAAGGUGAGAAGGUCAUAAGAAAAUCUACACGGACUUCAGUGAUUGUAAGGCAAGCUGAACGAGAUGCAUUGCGUGCUGCUAUACAAGCCACAACUAAGCCGAUAAUAAGGAAAAAAGUAGGGGAGGAGAAACGAAUGACGCAAGAAGAGAUGCUGCUCGAAGCUGCUCAAACAGAGAUCAUGAACAUGAGGAACUUAGAACGUGUGUUGGCAAGGGAAGAAGAAGUGAAAAAGAAAGCGAUUGUGCAUAAAGAUGUUUACAAGGGUCCUCAGGUUCGGUAUCUUUCAAAAGAUGGGUGCAACUAUAUAGAGUUCUGUAAUGGUGCAUCAUUCAGUUCAGAGAUUUCCACCAAGACUCUUCCGUAUCCAGAAAAGGCUGUAUGUGUGAUUACUGGAUUACCUGCCAAGUACAGAGAUCCAAAAACUGGUCUUGCUUAUGCAACUCUAGACGCCUUCAAAGCGAUACGAGAAAGGUUCAUGGAGGAGCACAAUGGGUUGAGGAAGAAAAUGGAGAUGGGAGAUUUGUUUGACACACUUGCGGCGGCCAAGGGAUUUUCUGCAAAACGAAAGAGAACCAUGGUUCCAAAGACGAGCAGAUCGAUUUCCCUCUUCAGAAACUCAGCUCGUUUCUGUAAUUUGGACACUCCAGAAGCGAGUGAAGAAGAUUCAGACUCAGAUUCUGAUUGACAAUGACAUCCAUGGUUGGUUCGUGUACAGGAAAAGGUUUUACUUUCAAUCAACAUCAUCAUGAACUAACAGUCGACCAUCUCUAGCUGCUGCAUUUUUUGUCUUUGUUAUUCUGCUUCGUAUUCUAUAACUGAGAUCUACACAUAGUUACAUAAACUAUUAAACAUCAGACGAAUCACCAUAUUAAUUACUUUGGUGAUGAUCAAUUAUUAUGUCGUUGAUUCAUGUUAACAUGCAUCAAUGGAUGUUCUAUGUGAGAGUGGCUGAUUUUUGUUUACGUUGGUCGUUAGUACUUUUAGAACUCUAGUGUAAACCACUAUUUUUUGUAUUCCAUUUCUGAUUGUUAUAACAUCUGGCAAACUAUUUUCAAUA